AUGCCAAACAGUGAGUCAUCUGUCGAAGCCCGCUUGCGGUAUCUGAUGCCGAGCCUCUCGGUAUACACUGAAGGCAGAAACUAUCAAGACUGUCUGGAAUUCUAUAACCAUGCGCUGAAAGAGGAACCACUAGUCUGCGCCCGGCCGCGGACUGAACAAGACGUCUCAUGCUUGCUUCAAUUUUGCACCGAGCGGAAGAUCCGCUUUGCUGUUCGCUCAGGCGGUCACGACUUUUUCGGCCGCUCCAUAGUCCACAAGUGCAUUCUCAUCGACAUGCGCGACAUGGACACGGUCAGUAUCGGGUCGGACCGAGCCCACGCACGCGUUGGUGGCGGAGUGAUUGCCGGCCACCUGCAGGAAACCCUUAAUUCUCACGGCCUAUUCACCCCCACCGGACAGGCAAAGUCCGUGGGCUAUGUCUCUUGGGCAUGUGGCGGAGGGUACGGGUUCUAUGUUGGAACGUACGGUUUUGGGGUUGAUCAGAUACUUGGUGCUCGAGUGGUCUUGGCCGGGGGCCGCGUGGUUGACACCAACGAAGAUUCAGAAUUGCUGUGGGCACUCCGUGGCGCUGGGGCUGGCACAUUCGGCAUUGUCACGGAGCUUCGUGUGAAGGUAUACCAAGUCACUAAACUAUACGCUGGCUUCCUAGCCUUCCCCCUGGCCGAGGCCGCAACUGUCAUGGACAGGAUUGAAAGGCUCUUAGAUGGUGGCUUUCCCGAUGAGUUCAGCGGUGAUGCCAUCGUCGUAAAUCCUGAAAUGGCUCCAACGCCGGUAGCCGAGCCCUGCUUAGUCCUCUUUUGGUGUUGGACUUCGCCCAGUGAAGACCUCGCGCCUGCGAAAAGGUUCCUUGAGCAGACGAUGCAGGCCGGCAAGAUUCUGGGAAACACGGUGACAGAGACUACACCAGCUGCCUACGGCUUGGGUGAUUCAUCGUCGGGAACCUUCUUCCGCAGUCGAAACGUCGAUCGGAUGCAUCAGAAUGUAGGCACCAUCCUCGCACGGCACCCUCCACCACAUCCGCUGUGCGCUGUCAUAUUUCACAAUAACCACGGUAAAGGUGUUCGACACCGAGUCGCCGGUACUGCUGGGGCGGCCUUUCCGAACAGAUAUCAACAUGUCAUUCUCGGCCUCCAUGGCGGCACCAGGCUAGGCUGUGCUGAUGAGCAGGAGCUUGAAAGUGCAGCUAGAUGGGUCACAAAAUUGGAGGAAGCGCUUGAUCAGAAUGGUCUUUCAUUGCCAGGAGGGUUCCCUGCAUUUUGGCCCCCUAACCAGGUGGACUUAGGACGAUUCUUCGGGGAGGAAAGCGCCUUGAGACUGCGGCAAUUGAAGGCGCGACUAGAUCCGACCAAUAUGUUUCAUCAUGCCCUGCCCGGUCUGAAUGGACACUGA